GGCCCGGCUUUUCCCACACAAGGCAUAUGGAAAUCACUGGGAGUCGAGUCGUACGACAGGGCAGUCAUACGAGACAUUAUGGUAGACACGAAACCUGACCCGAAAACACCCAAUCGCUGGACACUUGCCGUUAGCGCACACAUAGAGACCGGAUCUCAGACACCAUUGGAUGCUAUUAUAGACAUAACACUCGACGGCAAACCACUGGUGGCUAAACACAGCCAACGACUCACUGCCGACCCCUUGGGUGCAGUGAAAGCCGAUUUCGUGAUCACAAUCCCGGAGGACAUACCCAUCACUGCGUGGUAUCCCAACGGUGUGGCCGACAAUACACAGCAGUUAUACUCACUUCAAGUGCGGCUCUCAUUCCCUGACAGUCAGGAAGUGUCGGCUCAGACCAAACGAAUCGGUUUCCGGACUAUACGUCUGGUGCAGAGCCCGACCCCCGGCGAUGGCCUCACCUUUUACUUUGAGGUCAACGGACACCCGGUGUUCGCCAAAGGGUCCAAUUGGAUACCGGCUAACGUACUCCAGGAGGACCUGACCGAGGCUUACGUCCGGGAUUUGCUGGUCUCUGCGCGCUCGGCCAACAUGAAUAUGUUGCGUGUGUGGGGCGGAGGGGUGUAUGAGUCGGACGUGUUUUACGGUUUGGCCGAUGAGUUGGGAAUAAUGAUAUGGCAGGACAUGAUGUAUGCCUGCGCUGCCUAUCCAUGCGCGCGCGGCCAACAUGAAUAUGUUGCGUGGGUGUAUGAGUCGGACGUGUUUUACGGUUUGGCCGAUGAGUUGGGAAUAAUGAUAUGGCAGGACAUGAUGUAUGCCUGCGCUCCCUAUCCCGUGAACCCGGAGUUCCUGUUGUCGGUCGACGUGGAGAUAAGUCAACAGAUCCGUCGUUUACAACAUCACCCGUCCAUCGCUAUUUGGGCCGGUAACAACGAGAUCGAGGCGGUCAUUGCGGCGUUUGUUUCAGACGAGAGACAUAAACAGGACUACAGGGAGUUGUUUGUGAAACACAUGCAAACACUGGUGACCGACGGCGACACCAGUCGGCCAUUCGUGACCUCCAGUCCAUCAAAUGGGUUAAGGGAUAAGCUGGAGAACUAUACGGCCAAAAAUCCCGGUGAUUUACGGUACGGUGACGUACACUCGUAUAACUAUAUGUCCCCGCAGUGGGACUGGACUGUAUACCCGAGGGGUAAGUUUAUCUCAGAGUACGGCCAACUGUCCUAUCCAUCACUGGACACCUGGUUGACAGCGUUGCCCGACUCGGACAUGACUUACCCGACCAGCGCCGGUGUCCGGCAUAGGAAUCGAUUGGGCUUUUUUAAUGGCACCAAGGUGAUCGAGGGCCUUUCAGGAAAUUACUUUGAAAUGCCGGCUCCGGGAGGUGUGGAUCGGUUCGCGGACUUAAUAUAUUUGUCGCAAAUAACGCAAGCGAUGGCUAUUAAGACACAGACAGAGCUCUACCGACGCGAUCGUGAGGUCGACCCUCAGACAGGCUUUGGUGGGACAAUGGGUGCCCUGUAUUGGCAACUGAACGACAUAUGGCCGGCGCCGACCUGGGCUUCCAUA